CUGCACAUCCCAUCCCGUCCUAUCUACACUCCGACAUCCCAGAACUCAACUCAAGAGGUGCAUGACCAUUGGCGUGAUAAUGAGCCGCCAUGAAUGAGCCCGAACACCGAUCAGAAGACGAUUCGGAGUAUGAGUACGACGAUACAGAGACAGAGACCUUCUUCGUGGAUAUUGAUCUCUCGUCCUUGAACUCUAACCUCAAGUCCAACCUGGCCGGACCCCCCAAGCCCGUGACGCCGGCGAAAAGAAAAAUAUCCAACUCUGGUCCUCCCACACCUGGGCCGGAUGAGCCCGGUCUCGAGGCUGCAGAAUCUGGUGCAGAAGGAGGCCGCCUCCGUGGCUCGACGCAGGAACCACACGAGACACCUCCCCGGAAUGGAGAGGAUGACGAGAAUGCACAUCUGCCGUCCCCCUCCUCACGUGUGCAGAUUCUGGAUUUGACCACGGUCAACCCCAUCAUCUCCUAUCAAGGCCAGGUGUAUAGCUGCACGUGGGCCGAUAUGGUGGGUACAAACAUGUUCUUCACUCAUCCAGGCAUAUUGGAUGCCGCCGAGGUUCUGCAAUCAACCGACGACUAUGACCUGAUAGGAAUGUCACGCAUCAAGCUGGUCGGCCAAGCAGCGAAAAUGUUGAAGAAAGAAAAACCAUCGAAAGAAGCGGGGAUAGAUGGGCCGCAUGUCAAUGGCCAAGCCGGUGCGGGUGGAGAGAUCCCAAAUGGCCGACAUGACCAGGACCAGGUGAAGAAGCAGGCCUCGUUUCUAGAAAAGUUGAUGCAAGUCAAGCGGCAGCGCGGUGAAACAGAUGUCGUUCGCACAUUCGUGGAUGAAAAAACUGUGUCGGUCGACUUGGCACUGGUGCAUGAAUCACAUCGCGACGAAAUUCAAGACCUAAAUGAACAAGUGGUUCGGGGAAAUCCAGAUGCUCUCGCAAGGUUACAAGAAAUCUAUUCUCAAUCUGAUGGCAAGGCCCCUCAGACGCAGGUGUCCCCUGAGAGCCCUUCAAAGGCCCACGAUGGGGCCGACAUAACUAUAUAACAGGAGCACAAACACCCAUGCUCGCACAAGACGUUGCUGCCAUUAGCCCAUUUCCAAGACACACGAUGCAAACUAACAUGGCCUAUGAAUGACAUUGCCGAAGCCAAUCCACAAACGAAAAAAAGCUCUGUUCGCCAGCCAAACUCAAUGGAACCCGAAACGCCUUGCUAGAAACUGCCACCUAGCGGCUCUGUUUCUCGCGGGUCCAGUGAACCGGGGAUGGAGGAGGUGGAGGAGGGUGAUGCUCAGGAUAUUGUCGUCGAUCGGAAUAGGAGACGAACUUGGGACGUGGAGAUGCCUCGAAGGCUUUGUGCAUGUCGCGGCUCGAGGUCUCCGACGAGAGCACGGUAGAGCGGUAGGAGAUGCGUUGCAUGAUGCCGGAUAUGGGAGGGUUUGAGGGUCCGAUCAGGUCAGACUUUGUAUAGAGACAGACGUUGCUUGAGCUGUCAAUAGCCGGUCAGUGCUAAUCCAUGCAGACCCAGUAUUAUCGAGGUGAUGAUCAACUCACGACGCCUGGUGCUCGGCACUUGGGUAUUUUCGCUAGCCGCGUUGAUCGGCAGUUGCUGCAGGUACAAUGAACAAGGCCCCAAGGCUGGUGGAGGAUGUAACGAGAUAGUGGUUGGUAGUUGUCGAUGAGCUGGAUGAACAAUGAAACCGAAGGCCGAUUAUAUCGAUGGACUGAGUGAGAAAUGAAGGAAGCUGAGAGGUGAGGAGCAAGGGAGCACUUUUUUUUUGAGGGAGCCUGGAUCAAAUAUACCCCUUCGCGAGCCAGAGUGGGAGUGGGUGUGCUCAGCAAAUGUUCGGGUCCCCCAAAAAAUCUGGCGGUCAAGGCGACGUGGGAUUGUCGCAUUUCAAACGAAUCCGGCUGGACCUUGCAAGCUCC